AUGACGGGGAUUUUGCCAACAUACCAACGUUUUGUAAAUGGAGUUCCUGUACCGUCCAUAUCUAGGCGCUCCUUUCGCCUACGAGAGAAAUAUUUGAUUGUUUCUGUACUUUUGACAUUUGGAAUCGUGUGGUUAGGUGCUCUGUUCUACCUGCCUGAGUUUAAAAGUUCGAAUAGUGUAAACGAUAGUGUAUACAAUGUUUAUAAGCGAAUUCAGAAAGCUGGCCCUGAGCUACUGAUGCCGCCUCCUCUUGCGCAAAAUGAUGUAGGAGAUUUUCCUGUAGUAGGGAUUGUUCACCAUGGGGGGGAAGGUGAUGAUCCUCACGUAAUUGAGGACAGAAAUCGUUUACGGGCGAAGAUUGAGGAGGAUUCGGGGAUGAAAGUGCUGGAGAGACCGCAAUUUGAUGUAGUUCCAUCAAUUUCCUCGUCGAAGGGUCCAAGCAAACCACCAGUGGAUGCAAUUGAGGAGCCAGCAAUUGAUAAGGUAGCAGGCAAAAAUGAGUCACCAUUAGGACCUAAAGCUGAAGGCUCUGAAAAUAGGUAUGUUGCUGUGGCACUGGCACCAGGAGCCAACCCUGACAUGAAGCAUAAGCUGGAUGUUGUAAAACAGGUGAGUUAUAUUGUUACACUUAUUAUUAUAUAG